AUGGCUAAAGGUGGUAACUCUCACAGGAACACAUUAAAGAAUGAUCACAAGCCUUUCAAGUCCAAACAUGCGACCAAGAGUCAAUUAAAGAACCAAUAUAAGGGGAAAGUUGAGAAAUCCACAGCAUCAACAAAUUCAAAUACAUCAUCAAAACCUUUAAACAAGCAGGCAAGAAAGAACUUGGCCAAACAAUUAAAGGAUAAUAAGAUUUUAGAGUCAAAACUUACAAAGAAAUUGUUUGAAGGCAGUUCGGGCGCACAGAAAAUAAUCACGAUUAUCUGUUUAACGAAUGAUUUAACACCAUCGCAAAUCGCCACACAAAUUUUCAACCAGGACCAGGAGGACACUUCAUUACCAACUGAAUAUCGAUAUCCCGGCGUGCACAAUGUUCAGAUUAAGAAAUUCAAGUCGAAUUUCAAAGUCAUCUUGCCGAACCAGGAUAACAUAUUGAACGUGCUCGAUGCAGCAAAAGUAUCCGAUUUUGUUGUUUUUGGGAUCUCGGCUACUCAAGAAGUCGAGUCCGAGUAUGGGGAGAAGAUUUUGCGAGCGUUAUUGGCUCAAGGUAUUGGUUCUGUUGUUGGCGUUUUGCCAAACAUUGUUUCUGCAUAUCCAAAACGAAAUUUGCAACUCGACGUUAAACAAUCGUUGCAAUCUUUUUUCAAUCAUUUUUUCCCAGCCGAGGAUAAACUAUAUGCAUUGGAACUGGAAUCCGAUAGCUCCAAUUGUUUGCGGUACUUGUGUCAGAAAUUCCCACAACAAAUCACUUGGCGAGAUUCGCGAGGAUGGAUCGUUGCCGAUAAUGUUUUAGCAAGUGACUCCUACGAAGGUAUUGUAAUUGAGGGAACCACCCGUGGAGCAGGUUUUAAUGCAAAUAGACUAGUGCAUAUUCCAGGAUAUGGUGAUUUUCAAGUGGAAAAGAUUGAAAAGUUGAGCAAAUCAAACAGGAAACAACGCAACGAAAUGGAUACCUCGGGAGAUAUUGAAGAUGUUUUUUUGCCAAAUGAGUCGCAAGAUACUUUAGAUGAACUCAACCCGGAGAAAUUUGUUGAUGAGGAUUUGGAUUUGGAGGAUGGAGAAGGUAUGUGGGAUGCCGACAAUGAUAUGGAUGCAUUGGGUGUGCGAUCGGAGGGCAAAAUCUACUUCAAUGACGAUGCAAUGAAUAGAGAAACAAGUAAGAGAGUGCCAAAGGGAACAUCUGAAUACCAAAAACGUUGGUUUGUGGAUGAUGUUCUUGAUGAAGAUGCAUCCGACUUGGAAGAGGAGCUUGGUGAUAACGGUAUUAAUAGCAAUAAUGAUGAAGUGCAAAUGGCUGAUGUAAAUAGUCAAGCAGCUACUGAUUUCCCUGCAAUGGAUAACGAUGUUGUUGCUGGUGCUGCCACAACCGAGUAUGCAGACUCUGAAAUGCAUGUGGAUUUGUCUCCAGAGGAGGAGCACCGGCAGUUGACCGAGUUCCGUAACGCCGCUAAAGAAGACCUCGAGUUCCCUGAUGAGAUUGAGUUGAGUCCUACAGAAUCGGCCAUCAAGAGACUUCAAAAUUACCGAGGCGUCAAGUCACUUGCUAAUUGUGAGUGGGAUGUUGAUGAACAUGACGUGGAAAAGCCAAGUAUAUGGAACAGACUUUUAAGAAUCUCAAAUUUCAAAGCCACAAAGAAUAGAAUCAACAAGGAAUUUAUCAAAAGUAUCCAAAUCCAGCCAGGUACUCGUGUUAGAUUAUACCUUAAAGCACCAAAACUUAUUUUGGAAAGUAUAAACCCUGAGUCGCGUCCAUUCAGCAUCUUUGAACUCCUUGAACAUGAGCAUAAACUUGCGGUUGUCAACUUUUCGUUUGAGAAUUGGGAGGAGUAUGACCAACCCAUUGCAAACAAAGAUUCCAUGAUUGUACAGUAUGGGCCUCGUCGACAAGUGAUCAACCCCACAUUCAACCAAGCAACAAGUAAUAAGAACAAUGUGCACAAGCAAGAGAAUUUCCAACAUCAAGGUAUGACCACUAUUGCUACUGCCAUCUGUCCCGUGCUUUUCACUAAUUCGCCGGUAAUAUAUUUCAAACCAGGAGAGAAGGAAGGCGAUGUAGAGUUUAUUGGUAAAGGAACAUAUUUGGGUUGUGACCAUACGCGUAUAGUGGCACAGCGUAUUGUGCUUACUGGUCACCCAGUAAAGAUCCAUAAAAGAGUGGUUACAGUGCGUUAUAUGUUUUUUAAUCCUCAAGACAUCAACUACUUCAAGGCUAUUGGUCUUUUUACCAAGAGUGGUAGACUGGGUUUCAUUAAAGAGAGUUUGGGUACACAUGGUUACUUCAAGGCCAAUUUCGAUGGCAAAUUAACAUCACAGGAUGUUGUUGCUAUGAGUAUGUACAAACGUGUUUGGCCCGAGCUUUCAAGCUUAUACGAAGAGUAA